AUGGCAAUUGUUGAUACUCAUUCCCAUCUUACUUUAUGCAAAUUGCCUGUUGAAGACCAUCUUCGAUUAGCAAGUGAAAAUGGGAUUACUCACAUCCUUGAUCCUGGACUUCAUUUUGAAGAUUUUGAAAAUCGUUAUCAAAACCUUCAAUACUUUCCAGAAGUAUUGUUAGGAUUGGCAGUAGCACCCCAUUCCAGAAUUUCUGAAAAAUUUAAAGAAGAAAGUUUAGAAGAAUUGAUAGGGGGUAUGGAGGCAGUCCUCGAGAGGUAUAAGAAACACAUUUCAGCAAUUUGUGAAAUUGGGCUUGACUACUAUCACCUGAAUCGUACAAAAGACUUCCAGAAAAAACUUUUUUUGGAACAGUUGAAAUUAGCCGAAAAAUAUGACUUGCCGUUCUUUUUGCACAUACGCGAUGCUUAUGAAGAUGCUUUAGAGGUCGUUAAACAAUCGGGUUAUCAAAGGGGGGCGGUACAUUGCUUUACAGGGAAUGAAAAUAACGCCAAGGCAUGUUUAGAAUGGGGACUCUGUCUUUCUUUUUCAGGAAUGGUGACUUUUAAGAAGAAUCUUAGUCUACAAGAAAUUGCAAAAAAAAUUCCUUUGGAUAGAAUCCUCACCGAGACGGACGCUCCCUUUCUGUCGCCUGUCCCCUUUCGAGGGAAACCUAAUCAGUCAGCUUAUCUUCUCCAUAUACAGCAAUUCAUUGCUCAUCUUCGAGGAAUAGAAGUGGAGGCAUUGAACAAGCAAUGCUUUAAGAAUUUUAAAAAUCUUUUGAAAAUAGAUUAA